GUCCUGCCAAAGCAGGCAUUUUUGUGUAUCUACAUUGGUUGUUUCUUCUCCGCUGCACUGGAAUUGAAUCGAAUUGAGGCGAUUUCACACUGUACCACCCACGACAUUGGAAAUUUGUGACGAUUUUGGACAUUUGGAUGCAAUUUGGACUCGGCUACAAUUGCACGCUGUAGUUUCAUAGGUGAGGCGAACAGUAUAUGUCUAGCCGAAGUUUCAAAUUUGCAUACUACAUUAUUGGGGUUUCCACUCCUACGCAUUGCUGGCUUGAAUCGAAACCUGAGACAACUGACCGUACAUUGAGGUGAACCAAAUCGGAGUUUGCUGCUUUGGCUUCGGUAGCGCCGCUGUUUCUUCUCAUAGGAUACUGCCGGAUCACCGAGUUUCGUCUGAGCUCCGGUUGCGUAAGGCAAGCAACCAUGUCGAAACCCGUCACGAGGAGUGCGGAUUCCCUGAAGUCGUUGACUACAAAACUGAAGGGACUCAAAUUAUCUUUAAGUAAUAUUUGCGUAUUCGUUAAAAACUUCAAAGACGAUACUACCGCUGCUCAAAUCAAUGUCCGCCUUGAGAAGUUGGAUACGCUAUGGGUACAGAUUAGUGAAACUGUUUGGGAAAUCGAAGCGCACGAAGAUUUCGAGGAACAAGAAAGCCUUCAGACCAGCCAAGUAGAAAUGGAGAACCGCUACUACGAUGCGAAAUCGUUUCUAGUGGAGAAGGCUCAAGCGUUUCAGAGCGAUGUUAAUCAGAACCAAACGCUUCAUCCUGGAGACGCCACUCUACAUGGCGUGAUGGACCACGUUCGGCUGCCUCAAAUCAAGCUCCAAUGUUUUGAUGGCAACGUCGAUGAUUGGUUGAGUUUCAGGGAUCUUUACACUUCCCUGAUUCACGAAAAACCCGAUCUACCAGCAGUGGAGAAAUUUCACUAUCUGAAAGGAUGCCUGGCGGGUGAGGCAAAGGCACUGAUCGAUCCGCUAAAGAUCACGAGGGACAAUUAUCAGGUUGCUUGGCAGACGUUGCUAAAACGCUACAACAACAAUAAGCUUCUAAAAAAGAAGCAGGUGCAAGCGCUAAUCAAAUUGCCAUCUCUCUGCAAGGAAUCAAUCACGGAUCUCCACAAAUUGGUUGAUGGAUUCGACCGUGUUAUUCAAACGCUCGACCAGAUUAUCCAGCCAGCGGAUUAUAAGGAUCUGUUGCUGGUGGAACUUCUAAGUUCUCGUCUCGAUCCUACCACACGACGCGGGUGGGAAGAACAUUCGUCUACGAAGCAGCAGGACACUGUGAAGGAUCUGCUGGAAUUUCUACAGCGGAGAAUACAAAUUCUCGAAGCUCUACCAGCGAAGGUAGAAACGAAGAUCGACCAUUCCCUACUACCGAAACGGAAACCGUUCUCAGCGAAGGUCAGCAACAACGCCGUACAGUCGAACAACGCUAAGUGUCCGUCGUGUUCGGAGAUUCAUGGACUCCACAUUUGUCCAGCCUUUCUGAAGAUGUCGUUGUCCAGUCGAGAGUCCCUACUGCGGGCUCAAUCGCUCUGCCGCAAUUGCCUCAAACGUGGUCACCUUGCUCGAGAGUGUGCAUCGAAGUUCUCUUGUCGGUAUUGUAAGGCACGACACCACUCCUUGCUGUGCUUCAAGGCAGGAGACGCCAACGGUAGCCAAGGAUCAUCAGGGAAGGCGAAUCUGGGAGAUAGCGCUAAGCAGGACGGCACAGGUGCGAAUUCGAAGGCAGCGAAUGCCUCAGCGGUUGAAUCUACUUCUUCCAACGCGGCACAGUGCGUCUCAUCUCAGGUUCUCCUAGCUACAGCAGUCGUCGUGAUCGAAGACGACCAAGGUUCUCGCUAUCCAGCACGAGCGCUACUGGAUUCAGGGUCGGAAUGCAACUUCAUCACCGAGAAUCUUUACCAGACGAUGAAGGUAGCGGUAAAAAGGACGGACAUUUCGAUUAUGGGCAUCGGACAAUCCAGCACUAAGGCAUCUCGCAAGAUCAAGGCAGUCGUCAAGUCUCGAAACUCGUCGUACGCUCGAUCGAUGGAAUUUCUAGUUCUACCGAAGGUCACAGCUUGCCUACCAACCUCUACAGUUCAGGCAAAUGGAUGGGAUAUACCGGUAGACAUCGAAUUAGCGGAUCCGGAGUUUUUCCGGUCAAGAAAGGUCGACUUGGUGUUAGGGAUCCAAGCUUUCUUCAGCUUCUUUCCAACCGGAAGGGAAAUCCAACUUGGAAAAGGUUUACCUGUGCUGACAGAGUCCGUAUUUGGGUGGAUAGUGACAGGCGAAGUCACUACAGCAAGUCAGAGUACCAAGUACACUUGCAAUAUGGCAGUGUCGGACGAUCUGGAGGAACUAAUGGCACGGUUUUGGUCCUGCGAAGAAGUGGGAGCCGUCAGCAAAUUCUCUCCAGAAGAAGCGCACUGUGAGGAGAAUUACGAACGAACAGUCAAGCGGGAAUCGGAUGGACGGUACACGGUCACCCUCCCCAAGAACCCCGAAGUUUUGGCGGAAAUCGGUGAAUCGAAGGACAUUGCUCUGAGACGGCUGCGAGCGGUAGAACGAAGGUUGUCCAAGGAUGAGCGGCUUCGGAAGCAGUACAGCGACUUCAUGACUGAAUAUCUGGAGCUCGGUCACAUGCGAAUGGUGGAUGACUGCGAGGAGAAUAUAGUCAAGCGUUGUUUUCUACCCCACCACCCGGUAAUCAAGGAAUCUAGCACCACGACCAAGGUGAGAGUGGUCUUUGACGCUUCGUGUAAAACGUCUACGGGUGUAUCACUCAAUGAUGCACUGUAUGCUGGACCAGUCGUUCAGCAAGAUCUCAGGUCGAUCGUUCUCCGCAGUCGGAUUCGUCAGGUGAUGGUUGUAGCUGAUGUGGAGAUAAUGUUUCGGCAGAUCUGGACGAAUUUGGAGGACACUCAUCUACAAUGCGUUUUGUGGACGUCACCAGAUGAGAAGGUUUCCACAUACGAACUUCUAACCGUGACGUACGGCACCAAAUCUGCCCCAUAUCUCGCCACUCGGACCUUGAACCAGCUGGCGUCCGAUGAGCGGGACAGGUUUCCUCUAGCAGCACCAACCAUCGAAGAGGACGUGUAUAUGGACGACGUUAUCUCUGGAGCAGACGACGUCGAAUCGGCGAUCGAACUGAGAAGGCAAGUCGACGCAAUGAUGAUCAGCGGUGGAUUCAAACUGCGAAAGUGGGCUUCCAACCGCCCGGAAGUACUAAAAGGAAUUCCAAGGGAAAAUCUGGCGUUACCUGAUUCGAACGGUAUUGAUUGGGACCAGGAUGCAGAGGUGAAAGCAUUGGGCUUAACAUGGCUUCCCAACGUAGAUCAAUUCCGUUUCAAGUUCGACAUUCCUCCAAUCACCGAGAAUCAGAUCCUCACGAAACGACAAGUGCUGUGUUUUAUAGCGAGACUUUUCGAUCCACUAGGCCUACUUGGAGCGACCAUCACUUCUGCCAAGAUCUUCAUGCAGCGACUUUGGUGUCUGAAGAACAAGGAAGGUCAAAAUCUUCAAUGGGACGACCCACUACCCGAAAUGGUGGGUGAGGAAUGGCGAACAUUCCACGAGCAACUUCCUUCACUGAACGAAAUUCGAAUUCCACGAUGCGUCAUAGGUCCAGGUUCAUUUUCCGUAGAAUAUCACUGUUUCUCGGACGCUUCAACAGUCGCUUACGGCGCGACAAUCUACGUUCGGAGCCAGAGAGACGAUGGCGCAGUUUCGGUUCACCUUUUGACCUCGAAAUCAAAGGUGGCACCCCUCAAGGUGCAGUCUCUGCCUCGAUUAGAGCUCUGCGGUGCACUUUUGGCAGCUCAACUUUGGGAAAAGGUAGCAGACUCGCUGAAAACAGAUGGCCGAGUUCAUUUUUGGACGGAUUCGACAUGCGUACUCCAUUGGAUAAGGUCACCACCGGGAACAUGGACAACUUUCGUCGCGAACAGAGUUGCGAAAAUUCAAGGUUUGACGGAAGCAGAUCAAUGGAGACACGUUCCUGGAGUUACAAACCCGGCUGAUCUGAUCUCGCGUGGAAUCUCGCCGAACAACAUCCUUGGGAACGAUAUGUGGUGGCAUGGACCUAUCUGGCUGCUGCAAAACCCGGAAAGUUGGCCCAAACCCGUGAAAAACACCCCAGAAGAAGAGUUGGAGAAACGACGCAAUGUGGUGGCUUGUACUUCGUCGAAGGAAUCUGGGUUCAUUUCGGAUUUUUUAGCCAAAUUUUCAUCAUUUACGAGAUUGAUUCGGAUGACCGCAUACUGGUUGCGCUUCCUGAACAACCUACGGUGCUCAGCAGAUGAGAAACGGACAGGAUAUUUAACUAGUAGAGAACUGCAAGCUGCGGAGCAAACGAUUCUCCAGAAGGUCCAGGAAGACUCGUUCCCGGACGAAAUCAGCAAGUUGUUGGCUGGCACACCUGUGGCUCGGAAUUCUCCUUUGCGAUGGUACAAUCCACAAAUGGACGAAAACGGCAUCCUACGAGUCGGGGGUCGAUUAGCUCAUUCCGAAGAGUCACCGAGAACGAAGCAUCGGGAUGCUAACAAAAGCCUUUUGUACGUAACCCGAAGCAUCCGAUUGUUUUACCGGCAAGACACGCUCUCACUGAGUUGA